AUCGAGACGGAAACGGAGCGCUUACAACGUGAGACCCGCGUGCAAGCGGCACGAGCCGAGACGCGCGAGCUAAAAGUACGAAAGAAACUCGAUUCUCUAUUAAUACGCAAAAGUAGCAAAACGGGAACGACUGCGACAUCCAGUGACAACGAGAACAAGCACAGAGGAGCAGUUGGUGGAACAGGAUCAAGCGACGAUGGAGGCAGAGGUAGGAAAAGGUCUGGACUUAAGCGAAGAGCUUCUUCGUUGCGGGAGGCAAGUAGGCGCGACGAAAUUGUGGAGCCAAAAACGAUGGAUCCCGAAGGUCUUGGGAACUCAUACAGACCGGAAAACGCGCCGCCUUCGUCGCCUCGCGGGCUGCAACAGUCCCCUGGAUAUCGCGAAAGAUCCGCAGGAUAUGCGCACUCAACC